AUGGCGACCUUUCGUGCCGAGCCGGACUUGGCAACGGUAGCAUUAGCUACCCAGUUGGCCUUUUUGACAAUUGAAAGGAUCGCCGAAUUAGGCCGACGCCAGCGUGACGCUGUUGAAAGGAUUGGCCGUUUGCAUUCGGAAGUUGAUGGCCAAAGGAGCAGGGCGGAGUUUGAGGCAAUAAGGGCCGCAAUGGAAAGUGCACAGGCGGAGGCUGAUAAGGAAAGGGCCAGGACUGCUGAUCAACUCAGGUCUGACGCCGAGGGGAGGGCAAACGUGAGUGAGGAAUCGCUCAAGUUAGCCAAUGAGGUGCUUACGAAACUGGAGGCCGAGUUGGAAGGGUUAAAGCAGGCCAAGGAAAAAUCCGAAUCUGAGGCUUCUGCAGCGUUCGAGGCUGGGAAGAGCACCACUUUUGAUGACUACAUAGAAGAAGUCCCCAAAUUUGAGAAUCAAGGAUUCAGACACGAACAAAAACAACAAACAGUCUUUGUGAAGAUGGUAUUGAUGAAGAGGAAGCACGAGGAGCUCGAGAUCAAGAAAAGUGUCUAUGGCGAUGGAAACAAGUGGUUCAGAGGGUCCAUCAUCGGAAAAUCAAGCAGCGGACCGGUUUAUUUGGCGACUUUGAAGAAACCCAAGUGGAGACUCACCCACUUGCCUGUACUAAUGGCUGUCAAGUCCGCUGAGGUUUCUGAUUCGGCUUUGCUUCAGAGGGAAGCACUUGUUCUUAGGAACUUCCAUGCUUGUCCCUACAUCUAUCGUUGCUUUGGGGAAGAGGUUUUCACCAGUGAUCGCAAUCGGAUGGUAUAUAACCUUCUGUUGGAGUAUGGUUCUAGUGGAACCCUAGCUGAUGUGGUCAAGAAAACUGGUGGCAACGGAUUGCCUGAAUCUGAUGUUAGGCGCUACACAAGGUAUAUUCUUGAAGGUCUUGAUUGUGUUCAUAGUGCUGGUUAUGUUCACCGUGCUCUAAAGCCUGAGAAUAUCAUCAUUGUUCCGAUCAUUACUAGUACUGGCACUGAAUAUAUCGCAAAGAUUGGUGAUUUUGGGUUGGCAAAGAAAUCAGAGCAAGCGAGGAAGAUAUUCAGAAUGCCAAUAUCUUAUAAACAAGAAUCGAGAGCCCUAAGAUCUAUAUAG